AAAUGUCAAGACUUGUAAAUACUGCUUCGUCCUAAAUAAUAAUAUAUACUCAAUACCCAAAAUUUCUAAAAUUUAUACAUUUCUGUUAAUCUUAUAGAUAAACAAAUACAUUGGAAAGUGAUACCAUAGAGAUUUGAAUUCAUCGUGACAUUAAGUAAUCUAAUCAUUAUGAAUGUUGAUUGGUUAUACAAUCCGAAAAUCAUGAGCAAGACGCGAACGGCCGGUGACGGCAUGGAGUCGGAGGAAUCUACCUCCGAAACGGCACAAAAUAGAAGAAAAAACAAUGAUCCCAAAGAUACCGUGGUACCUGGACGAUUAAUACAAAUUUACCCUUCUAACGUUAUAACAUCGCAGAAAACUAAAUCUAUUAAUGUGAAAUCACCUAAGUUCGUUCCAUAUGAACCUUACCCAGGAGCAGUGAAACCAAUAGUGUCACAAACAGUGAAGAAAUCCAAGAAAUCUAAAAACAACAUGGAUAUAAACACAUUAAUAUCUCAAAUGUCUCAAAUGAACACAAAUUUAAAUGAGUAUAAACCUAGACCAAAGUUGAAUUCAGUCGGUAGCAAGUCUCUCAUUGAAGGGGAACAGAUUAGUCCAGAGAAUGAGGAAUUGCAGAAAAAAAUUACCAGUUUGAUGCAUGAAAAUGACUCCUUGAAGGAACAACUAAAGCAACAAGUUCAGGUAAACAAAGAACUGAAGACAAUGUUGGUGGCUUCCAUGGGAGAGGACCUUGAAACUCAAGUCCAGUCAUUGAAUGAAGACAAAAAGCAUUUAGCAAAUGCUUUGCUUAACUCAGCUCAACAUUUAUCUACCCAUCAAGAGCAAACGGAAUGGCUAGCAGGUCAAUGCGAAGUCUGGAGGAGCAAAUUCCUUUGCAAGCAG